AUGUAUAUUGCCAACAUCGUCCUUCUUCUAUCGGCCACUGCCGCGGCGGCCAAUUGCCCGUCCUUUCCCCCCUCGGUCGUGGAAUACUCUUCUAGUUUCAAGCAGCCCACGCCACCGGCGGUCAGGCCAGAGUUCCAGACACACUUUGUACAGCACAAAUGGAACCAGAACCUCUCCCACAUCCAGACGGGCUACAUGUACAAUUCGCCCGCCAAGAACCUCGUCCGCGUCGACGAAACCUUUGAAGACGGCCUCGCCACAUCCAUUUUCAACUUUGCCAACGUCACCGAGGACGGUCUUGUCGACAACACGCUCACCUCGGUGUUUACAGAUUUUACCCACCCUCAAGUGUGGAGGGGCUACGUAAACACCAACUAUCCCCUCAUCAGUGCCGAUUUUCUCGCCAAGGCCGGCGCUGUGUUUUCGGGGUUGGUUGAGCGGGAUUUUGUUCCGGGGAGAGUUGCUUCGGUAUGUUUCCGCUGCCACUCAUACCUCUGGCUGUUUGCUUUUGUGCCGUGA